AUGGCCCUGGAGCAGGCGCUGCAGGCGGCGCGCCAGGGCGACCUGGACGUGCUGCGGUCCCUGCACGCCGCCCGCCUGCUGGAGCCCUCGCUGCGCGACCCGCUGGACGCGCUGCCGGUGCACCACGCUGCCCGAGCCGGCAAGUUGCACUGUCUGCGCUUCCUGGUGGAGGAGGCCGGUCUGCCCGCUGCUGCCCGCGCGCGCAACGGCGCCACGCCGGCCCACGACGCCGCCGCCACUGGUCACCUCGCCUGCCUGCAGUGGCUGCUCUCACAGGGAGGCUGCGGAGUGCAUGACAGAGACAAUUCUGGUGCCACAGUCCUGCAUCUGGCUGCCCGCUUUGGCCACCCCGAGGUGGUGAACUGGCUGCUGCGUCACGGCGGUGGGAACCCCACCAUGGCCACAGACACAGGCGCCCUGCCUGUUCACUAUGCCGCCGCCAAAGGAGACUUCCCCUCCCUGAGACUUCUCAUCAGGUCCCACUCUGAGGGAGUGAAUGCCCAAACCAAGAACGGUGCCACGCCCCUGUACCUGGCGUGCCAGGAGGGCCACCUAGAGGUGACGCAGUACCUGGUGCAGGAGUGCGACGCGGACCCGCACCUGAGCGCCCACGAUGGCAUGACCCCGCUGCACGCCGCAGCGCAGAUGGGCCACAUCUCGGUCAUCGUGUGGCUGGUGAGCUGCACCGACGUGAGCCUGUCGGAGAAAGACAAGGACGGCGCCACGGCCAUGCAUUUCGCGGCCAGCCGCGGCCACGCCAAAGUGCUCAGCUGGCUCCUGUUGCACGGCGGCGAGAUCGCGGCCGACCUGUGGGGCGGGACCCCGCUGCAUGACGCCGCCGAGAACGGGGAGCUGGAGUGCUGCCAGAUCCUGGUAGUGAACGGCGCGGAGCUGGACGUCCGCGACCGCGACGGGUACACGGCCGCCGACCUCGCGGACUACAACGGCCACAGCCACUGCACCCGUUACCUGCGCACCGUGGAGAACGUGAGUGUGGAGCACCGCGUACUGUCCCGGGAUCCAUCCGCUGACCUGGAGACCAAGCAGCCUGACUCAGGCAUGUCCUCGCCCAAUACCACCAUGUCAGUCCAGCCGCCGAACUUUGACCUCAGCUCGCCCACCAGUACCCUCUCCAACUACGACUCCUGCUCCUCUGGCCACUCCAGUGUCAAGGGCCAGCGCUCUGUGCAUGGGGUUCCCAGCCCAAGAGCAGCAGACAUACAGAGCUACAUGGACAUGCUGAGCCCAGAGCCAGACCUGCCCCGUGGCAAGGUGGAGAAAACCAAAGCACCACCGCCACCACCCGGAUUCCCUCCACCACCCCCGCCCCCAGGCACCCAGCUGCCCCCACCCCCGCCAGGCUUCCCAGCUCCCAAGCCCCCGGAAGGGCUACAGGCAGCUGACAUCUACCUGCAGACGAAGAACAAACUCCGACAUGUGGAGACUGAGGCCUUCAAGAAGGAGCCCCGCGACGGCCGCAACGGGCUGCGGAGGCAGGACUCCGGACGCAAGCCCCGCGCCUUCAGCAAGCAGCCCAGCACGGGGGACUACUACCGCCAGCUGGGCCGCCACCCGGGGGAGCCGCUGGUCGCACGCCCGGGCAUGGCGCACAGCGAGGAGGCGGCGCUGCUCCCGGGAAACCACGUGCACAACGGCUGUGGCGCGGACCCCAAAGCGUCCAGGGAGCUGCCCCCACCGCCCCCGCCCCCACCCCCGCCCGAGGCCUUGAGCUCGCCGCCGCCUGCUCCGCCUCUGCCCUUCGAGGGCUCGGGCCCCGGCUGCGGGCAGCGUCGUUCUUCUUCCUCCACUGGCAGCACCAAGUCUUUCAACAUGAUGUCCCCGACGGGCGACAAUUCGGAGCUGCUGGCUGAGAUCAAGGCGGGCAAGAGUCUGAAGCCCACGCCGCAGAGUAAGGGGCUGACCACGGUGUUCUCUGGCAGUGGGCAGCCGGCCUCCCAGCCGGAAUCGCCGCUGCCGCCGGCGUCGCCGGCACCGUCACGGGCCCGGAGCCCUACCCCGCCGGCCGUGGGGUCCCAGCCAUUGCUCAAUGGCAGCGUGGCGCCGGCGCCGCCCGCCACCCCAGCGCCGGGCGUGCAGCUGGACGUGGAGGCGCUCAUCCCCACGUACGACGAGCAGGGCCGGCCCAUCCCCGAGUGGAAGCGCCAGGUGAUGGUGCGCAAGCUGCAGCUGAAGAUGCAGGAGGAGGAGGAGCAGAGGCGGAAGGAGGAGCAGGAGGAGGCCUGGUUGGCCAGCAUGCCUGCCUGGAGGCGGGACAUCCUGCGGAAGAAGCUAGAAGAUGAGAGGGAGCAGAAGCGGAAAGAGGAGGAGAGACAGAAGCAAGAGGAGAUGCAGCGGGAGAAAGAGCAGUCGGAGAAGCUGCGGACGCUGGGCUACGACGAGAGCAAGCUGGCGCCCUGGCAGCGACAGAUCAUUUUGAAGAAGGGGGACAUCGCUAAGUACUAG